AUGGCGGACAUUGUGAAAGAGAUCUUGGCAAGGCCAAUACAAUUAGCAGACCAAGUAACAAAAUUAGCAGAUGAGGCACAAUCUUUCAAACAAGAUUGUCUAGAACUGAAAGCCAAAACAGAGAAGCUGGCAGCGCUUUUACGCCAAGCCGCUCGUGCCAGCAAUGAUCUUUAUGAACGUCCAACAAGGCGAAUCAUCGAUGACACGGAACAAGUCCUGGACAAGGCCCUCGCUCUUGUUCUCAAAUGCCGCGUAAGCAACGUAAUGAAAAGAAUGUUCACUAUCAUCCCUGCUGCGGCGUUUCGAAAAAUUUCGAUGCAGCUAGAGAAUUCAAUAGGAGAUGUUUCUUGGCUUUUACGUGUCUCAGCUUCCGCCGAUGAUCGAGACGAUGAGUAUUUAGGCCUGCCUCCUAUUGCUGCCAAUGAGCCAAUUCUGUGUCUUAUAUGGGAACAGAUUGCAAUACUUUACACUGGGACAUUAGAAGAUAGAUCGGAUGCUGCAGCUUCAUUGGUUUCUUUGGCAAGAGAUAAUGACAGGUAUGGGAAGUUGAUUAUAGAGGAAGGUGGGGUUGCACCAUUGUUAAAGUUGGCUAAAGAAGGCAAAAUGGAAGGUCAAGAAAAUGCUGCUAGGGCUAUUGGGCUAUUAGGACGUGAUCCGGAAAGCGUCGAACAGAUUGUGAAUGCUGGUGUCUGCACUGUGUUUGCGAAAAUACUCAAAGAAGGUCACAUGAAAGUUCAGGUCGUGGUGGCUUGGGCUGUCUCUGAAUUGGCUGCACAUCAUCCGAAAUGCCAAGACCAUUUUGCGCAAAACAACACAAUUCGGUUUCUUGUCAGUCAUCUUGCAUUCGAAACGAUCCAAGAACAUAGUAAGUAUGCAAUUGCAAGCAAGAAUACUAUGUCGAUUCAUUCAGUUGUGAUGGCUAGCAAUGGUGCCAGUCCUAAAGAAGAUGAACCAGCUACAAGAAUUCAUCAUCCAAUGGAUAAUAAAACUCCUAGCCAGAUGCACAGUGUGGUGACCAAUUCUAUGGCAAUAAGAAGUCAGCCUCCUAACAUUAACAAGCCAACACAAAACCAACCCCAAAACCUCUCGCAAACCAUUGCUAGCCCACCCCAUGCUAAUAAUUCAAACCAUGCUAAAGGCAACCACAAUACUGCGAAACAACAGAAUCAUCAGCAUGUGUCGUUGGCCGGUACUAGCAUCAAGGGAAGGGAAUUUGAAGAUCCUGGUACAAAAGCACAGAUGAAGGCAAUGGCAGCAAGAGCACUUUGGCAACUCGCAAAGGGAAACGUCACCAUAUGCCGUACCAUCACAGAGUCGAGAGCACUUUUAUGCUUUGCAGUUUUGUUAGAGAAAGGUCACGACGAAGUUCAAUCCUAUUCAGCAAUGGCAUUGAUGGAAAUCACAGCAGUAGCAGAACAAAAUGCUGACUUGAGACGCUCAUCGUUCAAGCCCACAUCCCCUACGGCUAAAGCAGUCGUUGAUCAAUUACUAAAAGUAGUUGAGAAAGCGGACUCAGACCUCCUCGUACCAUGCGUACAAGCCAUUGGCAACUUGGCAAGGACUUUUAGAGAAACAGAAACUAGGAUGAUCGGACCACUGGUGAAGCUAUUAGAUGAAAGGGAACCUGAGGUCACAAUGGAGGCAGCAAUUGCUCUGAACAAGUUCGCAACGUCAGAUAAUUUCCUUUGUGUGACUCACUCCAAGGCUAUUAUUACUGCAGGAGGUGCCAAACACCUAAUUCAACUUGUUUACUUCGGUGAACAAAUGGUUCAAAUUCCCUCCUUGAUUCUCCUAUGCUUCAUUUCAUUGCACUGUCCUGACAGUGAGGUUCUUGCAAAUGAAGAGGUCCUUAUUGUGCUAGAGUGGUCAACAAAGCAGGCUCAUCUGAUACAAGAACCCGAAAUCCAAUCUUUGUUACCGGAAGCAAAGAGUAGAUUGGAACUGUAUCAAUCAAGAGGUUCAAGAGGAUUCUAUUAA